AUGGUCUUUGAAUCUCAAUUUCAAAUAUGUACCAAUCUUGCUGGAAUAGCUAAUGCACUUGCACGAAACUACCGUCAGGAUGGUGGGGCCGAGACUAGCAAGAGGUUGAGGACACCCAGAAGCAUUCAUGCCAUCCAUCCCAUUCUUAUGAUCAAGGGCCUGGGAAAUCCUGAAAACACCACAGUAAUAGCCCGGGGAUUGGUGGACGAAGUCCUCGGCUCCGUCGGAGGGUGGCGGGAACGGCUUCAGGUCGAUCCCCAGUAUGCAUCUCACAUGUCAGACAAAGUCGAGUCCAACCUCGCAUUUAAGGCUGGAGACGCAUAUGGAACCAACAAGGCUUCAUUCCGCAGUGGGAAAGGUGCUGCAAAGAACUCUCGAAUAACCAUGAACCUGACGUCCGAGAUGGGACUUCCAGCGAGCCCUGCAGACUGA